AUGCAAAAGAAGGAAUUGAAAAAAUUAUCGAAAAAAGAGUUAACAAACAUUGUAUCGAGUAGAUCACAUAACACCAAAUCCACUAAACGUACUAAACCUAUUAAAUUAAAAGAAGGUUAUGAGAUUAAUCCUACGACUGGUAGACAAAUUAAAAUCAAUGGUCCAACAUAUAGAAAGAUCCAUAAUAAAUCAAAAGAAGGUUAUGUGAUUAAUCCUAAGACAGGUAGGCAAAUUAAAAUCAAUGGUUCAACGUAUAGGAAGAUCCAUAAUAAAUCAAAAGAAGGUUAUGAGAUUAAUCCUAAGACAGGCAGAUUUAUUAAAAUUGAUGGUCUGGUUCAUAGACGGAUGAGAAAAGAAAUGCAACAAGAAAUAAAAAUGAAGGAGCCAGAAAUAUAUUCUAUGACCGUUUUGUUAUUUAGACGAGUAGAUGAAUCUAGUAAGAUGAAAAAAAUUGCCUUCACAAGUAAGGAUGGAUAUCGUUAUAUUUUGAUUGCGAAACGUAUUCUUAACAUAUCAAUGAAAAAAUGUAUCGAUCUCUAUCUUAACAAACGAAUUUACAGGAAAGAGGAUGGUAAAUAUAACGAACAGUUCACUGAACUUAUUGAUCAAUUGAUAUCUUCAAUAGAUUUUGAAGAAUUAUGGGAUAAAUGUGGUCAUUAUACCGAUUGUAUUAUAAUAAAAUCUGCUUCGAAAUGUCCUAAUCUGGGUGAAAAUGUUGACGUAUUAGAGGAGGAAUUACAUCUUACAAAUACAGAAAUGGGUGUUUAUGAUAAAUAUCUUAACUUUGAUCUAAAUCAAGAAGUUCUAUCAGAUACACGAGCUAAUAGCUGUUUUGUGAAUUUGAUUGUUAGCAAAUUUGAGGCUGCAUUUGGUAAAGUUAGGAAAGAUGGAACAAAGUAUUAUAGAUUUAAUCUGACUCAUGAAAGCCUAUGUGAGAUUUGUGGUAUCAAUUAUCAAGAAGAUAAUAUAGGCUUGUCUGUAAAUAAAUCACUUGCAUUCUUUAAGAAAUUUAGGAUCGGAUUAUGUGUGUAUGGGCCAUUUGGACGACUAUUAAAGUACAGUCCAGAACAUCCAAAUAAAAAAAUAAAUCCGAGAAAUUUGUACAUCUAUAUUCACAACAAACAUUGCUAUGAAAUCAAUAAUAAUAUCAAAAAAUUCGAACAGGUUGUUUGGCGACCAAAUGAUGAUGUCUCAUCUGAAUUAAAAUCUUUGAAGGUUUCAAAUGAAUACUAUAUCAGAGAUACGAAUAUCCACACAAAUAGAGCACUAUUUAUUGAUGACUGUGAACAGAUGAUAAGAUAUCUAGAUGAUAAAGAUAAUGAUGAAAUAAAACUUGUAACAUUUGUAUAUAACGAAGAUACACUAGAUACUUUCUUGUUUGAGAUUAUUGAGAAAAUGAAUUAUACACCUGAGAUUAAUUUCAAUUAUGGUAAAAUAAUGACACUAAAAUUAAAAUAUAACAAAAUAAUAGCAGUAAUAACGGCUCCUGAUAUUAAACAAAAUGAUGUUGAUAUGGAAAUUGACGAAAAAAGUUACGAAACAUUUCAUAAAGUGGAUGAUGAAUUUUACAAAGGUUUAUUACAAAAAAAUCAUUUGUCGUGCUAUAAUCAGACUAUUAUGGACCUUGAAAAUGUGUUGAAAAUAUCACCAAUGGGCGGUUAUUUUGAUAAUUGCAUGGUAUAUAAUGAGCUGUUAGGAAUAGAUAGUAGAAAGGCUUAUACUAGUGAUUUUAUGAACAUUGAAUUUUAUCCUGUCUUUAACCAUUUCGAUGUGUGGCAGAGUUACGAUGGACAUGCAGUUGAAGACUAUACACAGUAUAUCGUUGAAACUAAACGUUGCCAUCCUAUUCUGUUUAAUGCAAAAUUUUCUAGAUGUUACGGGAUAAAGUUAAAUAAAAUAAGAUUUAAUGAUGUAGAAAUUCUUUACUAUAGAAGACCUUCGAAUUUAGUCAAAAGUAAUAGCGAGCACCUUGUGAAGGCUGUCUAUGAAUCUGACCUGCCUCUUGAUUGUAAGAAAUUCAUCGUUAACAAAAAUUUAGGGCUAAUAGAAAAGAAGAGAAAUGUAAAAACAAUUACAAAGGUCUUUAAAAAUUACGAUGAGGCAUUCUAUUAUCAAAACUCGUUAGAUAAUGGCCAGAUUUAUACGAUUACGGGAAACAGCAUAAAUACAGAAUUGGAAGAGUUAGAAGAAGAAGAGAAGAAUAAAUUGUAUUUGCUAUGUAUAUCUGAAGAAAGAACUUUAAUUAAUGGAUUUUUACCAAUUAAAGAACUUGUAUAUGAUAUCAGAUCUAUUAAAAAUUAUAUGACGUAUAAAAAAUUAAUUCGUGCUAAUAUUGAAGUUCGUGGCAUUAAGACUGAUAGUCUGCUAAUUGACAAUAGUAGGGAUAAUAAAUCCAAAGUGAAAAAGCUCUUUGAUUUCAGCAAUAAAAUUGGCUGUUUUAAACUCGAGACAUGUAAUUAUUUAAUAGAUAAGAAAUUACAAUGGAUCGAAAAUGAAUUACCGCAAAUUGCACAAAUAACUAUCACAGAGCAUGAGAUUAAAGAUGAAAGAGACACGGAUGAGAUUAAUAAUGUGUUUAAAAAAUAUAACACAUUUAUUAAAGGAUCAUUACCUGGUGUUGGUAAAACAACUUGUGCCAAAAUGAAUCCGUAUAUAAAAACUCUUUUUGUUAGUCCUUAUAAUAAACUGUGCCAGGAGUUACGAAAAAGUAGUCACGAUGCGGUAACUCUAAAUAUGUUACUUGGAAUUGGAAUCGAUGAUAAACACAUAAAAAUGAAAAACUUUAACAUUGAGCCAUAUGAUUGUAUCGUUUUUGAUGAGAUUUUAUUAUAUAAUCCCUAUCAACUGUAUUUAAUUAAAAUGUUCAUGAAAAAGAAUGCUGAAAAAAGAUAUUUAUGUACUGGUGAUGUUGAUCAAAGAAAGCCAUUUACUUUCGGUACAAACAAUAUCAAAGAUCAAAAUAAUUAUCAGUUGUGGUGCUUAAAUCAAAUGUUCCCACAUCAACUGACGUUAAGCGAAAAUAAACGUUUGAAUAAGAGCUCUGAUAAGAGAAAGCUAAUUGUGCUUAAGAGGGAUAUUUUUGAUCUUAAUAAGGACGUUAUUUCUACUUUUAAACGCCAUGGAAUCAAAGUUGUUAAGACCAUGAAAGAAGUAACAACGAUAAAAAAUAUUUGUUUGUUUAAUUUUAGGUGUGACCAGGUUAAUAAACACGUCGCUAAGAAUGUAGUCGAAAGAGCUGGAUUUUAUAGCGGUUUAGAACUUGUUUGUAAAAAGCACUAUAAGAAUAAAAAUGAUCGGCUGUAUGUUAACUAUCAUUAUGUUUUAAAAUCGAUUGGAGAUAAGUAUUUUGUCGUGAACGAGCCAGUUGAGAACAAAGAUAUUCGACUGGACGUUGAUAAAUUGAAAUAUUUCAAACUUCCGUAUGCUAAUACAUGCGAUUCAGUACAACGUCUCACAAUAAAGGACAAAAUUACCAUAUUUGAUUGCAAUACGCCCUAUGUGGAUCGCUACUUUAUUUGGACUGCAUUAACACGAGGCACAAAUUUAAAAAAUGUUCAGAUAUAUGAACAUUCACCGGAAGAAAUUAUGUCUUUAAACGAAUCUUGGGUAAAACUUUACUUUAAGAAUAAGAUAGAGGAUUACAGAUCACAAGAUAGGGCAGCGGGUAGAAAAAAUGAUAAGGAUUACAUAGAUAUUGAUUGGAUUCAGUUACAACUCGAAAAGUGCACGUCAUGUCUUCUAUGUAAUACAUUAUUUGAAGCUAUGAUUAAUCCGGAUAAUAACAUUAAUUCUAACAUUACAGUUGAUAGAAUUGAUAAUAAACUACCACAUGUUAAGAGUAAUUGUAGGUUAAUGUGCCUUGAUUGCAAUGUGAGAAAGCGUUAG